AUGAGGCUCACAACUCCGCCCUUGUUGCUUCUCAGCACACUGGGCACCCAAACCUUCGCAUUCCUCAAUCCCGACACGGAACAGCACCCACUCGCCCACCAUCAACAUGACAAUGUCCUUAACGGUCUGGACCGUGUCGCCAGCGACGAUGAUGUCCCUUCAUACCGCGUCCCCCUCCUCUCCCUCCACCGCGCCCUCGUCGACGUCCCCUCCAUCAGUGGCACCGAAAACGACGCAGCGUUCCUCCUCGGACAAGCCCUAACUGAACUCAACUACACCGUGUCCCUCCAACCCCUCCCCUCCACCUCCACCACAGAGAACCCGAACCCCCAACCGCGAUACAACGUGCUCGCCUGGCCCGGCCGCGACGCCCGCCGCACCCUGCACAACCGCACCCUCAUAACCUCCCACAUCGACGUCGUCCCGCCCUACCUCCCCUACGCGCUAGACCACACCCCCAUCCCGCCCUCCCACCCCGUCAACUUCACCACCCUCCCCGCCACCACCCUCGUCUCCGGUCGCGGCUCCGUCGACGCCAAAGCCAGCGUCGCCGCCCAAAUCACCGCCACCACCCUCCUCCUCACCUCCAACACCAUCCCCCCGGAAAGCAUCGUGCUCCUCUACGUCGUCGGCGAAGAAACCUCGGGCGACGGCAUGAAGCACUUCUCACAAACUCUCACCACGGGCCACCCGCCCUCGGACGACGCGCCCGCGAACCCCACCCCGCAGUUCCACGCCGCCGUCUUCGGCGAGCCCACCGACAACCGCCUCGCCUGCGGCCACAAGGGCAUCACCACGGGCACGCUCACCGCGACGGGCCGGGCGGGCCACUCGGGUUAUCCCUGGCUGGGGCGGUCGGCGACGGCCGGGUUGGUGCACGCGCUGGAGGCGUUGUUGGCGGCCGAUCUGGGGUCGAGUGAGAGGUAUGGGAACACGACGGUUAAUGUGGGGGUGCUGGAGGGCGGGGUGGCGGCGAAUGUGAUUGCGGCGGAGGCGAGCGCGCGGUUGGCGGUGAGGAUUGCCGUGGGGGAGAGGAGGACGGGGAGGGGGGUUGUGGAGGGGAGGAUGAGGGAUGUGUUGGCGGGGGUUGAGGGGGGGGAGGGGUUGGGGUUGGAGUUGACGGGGGGGUAUGGGCCGGUGGAGUGUCGGUGUGAAGUUGAGGGGUUCGAGACGAUGGUCGCCAACUACGGGACCGAUGUGCCGAAUCUAGAGGGGGAGCAUGUCAGCUACCUGUACGGGCCGGGCAGUAUCCUAGUGGAGCAUGGGGAUGACGAGGGGUUGACGAUCGGGGAUCUGGAGGAGUCGGUGGAGGGUUACAAGCGGCUGAUCAAGUACGCGGUGGAAGCUUCGUGA